CGGAUGAUGAAAGAGUCUCCUCCACAUCAAGCUUUCAGAUUUUGUUCUUCAAGAUGUUCUGAUUGAUCGAAAUUGCCGUAUGGUAUGAUUGUUUCUUUUGCAUCAGCUUCAGAUCAAUCAAACACACUAUGUUCGCCACAAUGGUGUUCCUACUGCUCGACCACGGAACCCCACACCACAGGCGAUGUGUCAUCUGCGUCUCAUAUAGCGCAACGUAGUUAUACAGUGGCGUCUGGGGCGAGCAAACGGCGUAGGCGGCGUGUUGUGAGUUGCGGGGUCGCUCGGCUCCAAUUCACUCGCCAAUCUCCACGGGUCUCCUGUAGAAGACUAGGCCCACAUCCGAGCGCUAGUUUGCCGAUUGACAAGAUGCACUAUUGGCCAAACAAUGCCAUGUUGGCGUCCCUGAGAUGGGUUUUGCCUACCUAGGUUCGACGCUGAUCUUCCAUGGGGUAGUUUCUGGAUGCACUUUCCUUCAAACUUGAGCGAUCGG